GUGCGGGGACAAAGCGCCGGAGCCGCCAGGUGGCGAGGCCGAGGGGCGGCCAUGGGGGUGCAGGACCGGCCCCAGUGCUUCUUCGAGAUCGAGAUCAACAGGGAGCCAGUUGGUCGAAUUAUGUUUCAGCUCUUCUCAGACAUUUGUCCGAAGACUUGCAAAAACUUCCUUUGCUUGUGCUCAGGUGAAAAAGGAAUUGGCAAAACAACGGGAAAGAAGCUUUGCUACAAAGGCACCACAUUCCAUCGUGUGGUUAAAAACUUCAUGAUUCAGGGGGGGGACUUCAGCGAAGGUAAUGGAAAAGGAGGUGAAUCUAUUUAUGGUGGCUAUUUCAAAGAUGAAAACUUUAUUCUCAAACAUGACAGAGCGUUCCUUUUGUCAAUGGCAAACCGAGGGAAACAUACCAAUGGUUCCCAAUUUUUCAUAACAACAAAACCUGCUCCUCAUCUCGAUGGUGUCCAUGUUGUCUUUGGACUGGUUAUUUCUGGUUUUGAAGUCAUAGAACAGAUAGAAAACCUCAAAACUGACACUGCAAGUCGACCCUACGCAGACGUUCGGGUCAUCGACUGCGGGGUGCUCGUGACCAGAUCAGCGAAGGAUGCUUUGGAGAAGAAGAAGAAAGUCUGUUCUGACUCCGAAGGCUCCGAGUCCUCCUCCAGUGCAUCCAGCUCUUCAGAAUCCUCAUCUGAAAGUGAAGCUGAAAAUGAAAGGAGCAGAAGGAGAAAGAGGAAGAGAAGAACUAAAACCAAACAGUCCAGAAAGCGAAGGAAGGAGGAGAGGAGGAAAGAGGAUCCAAGGUGCAAGCGAAGCUCAAACCAAAGACGCAGCCUUUCUGACAAGAGCGAUGUCCCAGACAGAGUGGACGUGAGCACAAAGAGGGACAAGCCCGUGGUACGUCCUGAAGAAAUUCCCCCAGUGCCUGAAAAUAGAUUUUUGCUCAGAAGAGAUGUGCCUGUUGUCAAUGUAGAGCCUGAACCGAAGCUUCUUGAUGCCACUCCAGUUCUGACUGACCAGAAACCAUCAGUCUCUAAAUCCGGACGAAAAAUUAAAGGAAGAGGCACAAUACGAUACCACACUCCCCCUCGAUCCCGGUCGUGUUCCGAAUCCGAGGAUGACGAGAGCAGUGAGACCCCUCCUCACUGGAAAGAGGAGAUGCAGAGACUGAGGACCUACCGACCUCCCAGUGGGGAGAAGUGGAGCAAAGGAGAUAAGUUGAGUGACCCAUGUACAAGCAGAUGGGAUGAAAGAAGUGCAUCCCGGAGAUCCAGGUCCUGGUCCCAUAAUGGUUAUGCUGAUCUAAACACCACGAGAUACUCCAGCCAUCACAAGAAGCACAGGAAAGAGAAGAAGAAGGUGAAGCAUAAAAAGAAGUCUAAAAAGCAGAAGCAUUUCAAGAAGCACAAGCAAACGAAAAAAAAGAAAGCCUCGGCCUCAUCAGACGUGGAAUCUUCUCAUUCCUUCCACAGGAGGACAAAGUCAUCUUGUGAUCGUGAGAGGAAAUCUCGUUCUUCUUCCUUGUCUUCUAGGCGUUCAUCCAGAAGGGACUGGUCCAAGUCUGAUAAGGAAGAUCAGAGCUCAUCAUCUUUAUCAAGCAGAGGGUCUCGCUCUUACUACAGGUCCAGGUCCAGAUCCAGAUCCAGGUCUAAAUCAAGGUCUUACUCCCGAAGAAGUUCUAGAUCGAGAUCAGCCUCUAAAUCAUCACGUUCUCGAAGUAGGUCGAGGUCCAGUUCUAACCCCAGGCAGCAAAAGACUGUUCCCAGUUCUCCACGGAAUAUUUCAACCCGAUUAAAUGACAGUAAGUUGACCAAGGCAGCCGAGCCCGUCCGAGCAGUUCUUCUGCCCAGUGACAAAGUUGUCGUCCCACCAGUUGUCCCAGAAAACCUCCCUGUGAUACCCUUAAGUGACAGCCCACCUCCUUCCAGGUGGAAACCUGGGCAGAAACCAUGGAAGCCAUCCUAUGAGCGAAUUCAGGAAAUGAAAGCUAAAACAACCCAUUUAAUACCCACCCAAACUAAUUACAGCCUGGUGGUCGUUAAAGAGGCCAACACCUCCUCCUCCUACCGCAAGCGGGAGAGGAGCUCGGAGAGCGAUCGGAGUGGGUAUUCCAAAGGCCGCAGUGACAGGAGCUCGGAGAGUUGGCCGAGGUCCAGGAGCAGGUCCUCCCGAAGUCGGUCCUACUCCAGAUCCUACACAAGAUCCAGAAGUCCAUCGAGCUCUAGGACAAAAUCCCGCUCUUCUGGCAGGUCCCCGUCACCGAGCAAAUACCGCAGUGACCGGUCGGGGUACAGCGAGUCCACGUCUUACUAUUCCCUCAGCGACGAGGACAGGCACGGGAACAAAAGGAAAUCCACGUCCAGCGAUCAGAAAGCUCGGGGCUCCAAACUGAGGCAGGAGACGAGCUCGGAAAGUCCCCUGCCUCACAAACAUCCCAAAGACUACGAUGAGUCUUCCCAAGGAUUGAAGGAGAGCGACACUUUGUCAUCCUCAGACUUCACCAGCGACAGCGAGCGCUCCGCCAAAGCAAAAGCGGUCCCAGAGAAGGAAAGUCGUUUUCCAUUAGAAGGGGAUGCUCAGAAACAGGAUAAAAAUAGCUUGAGUUCUGAGAGAGGGGAGGAGAAGUGCAAGUGUGAGCGGGAUUCUGAUCACUCCAGAAGGAAAGCAGGAAAGGAGAAGUCUCUGGAGCAACCCAGAGAAGGGGCAAAAACGAAACGGAAAUCCUACUCAGGCAGCAAAUGGGACUCGGAAUCAAAUUCCGAAAGAGGAGAGGCAAGGCAUAAUAGGGGGGAUUCCAGACACUCCUCUGGUAAAGAAGAAGGAGAGGCCACCUCAGGGUCUGAAACAGAGCUCAGUGUCACCAAAAGGAUAAAGAAACAAUCCAAUUCCUCCGAAGGCUUUUUGGACUCUGAUUGGAAGACAAACAAACAGUUGUCUUCUUCUGAAUCCGACAGUUCCUGUUCCAGCUCAGCAGACACUCGAGGCAAGUCAAAAAAACACAAGCAUGGGUUGAAAAAACAACUUAAGAAAUCGCAUUCCAAAAAGCCAAAAGAAAAAUCCAAAGGGAAAAAGGAGAAAAAACACAAAGUCCAGAAAAGAAAAGAGAUGUUUCAUUGGCAGCCCCCCCUCGAGUUUGGUGAAGAAGAGGACGAUGAGAUAAAUGAAAAGCCAGUUACCAAGGAUGAUAAAAAAGAAAAGCAGCUUACCAGGGACAUAAAGGAUAAAAAACAAGUUUAUGAAAAGGAUGAAAUAGUCACAGAUAAAAUGGGAAACGGUGAAAAGUCGUGUGGGAGUGAAAACCUUUUAGAUAAAAACACCACAGGUGAGGCCUCCCCAGAUCGCAGCAACCUUAAUAAAGAGAACAUUGAAACAAACGCUUCAACCGGUGCUUUAAACUCAGGAAUAAACGUUUCUGCCUGCAAGAAUGAGAUGAAACAAGCUGAAGAAAGUAACCAGAACGGAUUGGAGGACGUUAUUCAGACAGAUGACAACAUGGAGAUCUGUACUCCGGAUCGUAACUCGCCAGGGAAGGUGGAUGUGGACGUUUUGUCUCCUGUCAUUCUCACUCCUAAACCCCAGGCUUUAAGUGCUGCUAUAAAAAAAGAGCUACAGGUUGAGACCCCUGAGCAAGAUGCUGUCAAACUAGGAAACAACAUUAGAGACUUGAUUCAUAUUAAUGAAGAAAAAGAAACAGGAAGGCAAGAAAAUAACUCUCUGCCUGGUGCUAAAGACUGUGGUUUGAAAAGUGAAAUGACUGAAAAUCCACAAAGCAAUAUGAUAGACAAUAAAUGGAAGCCUUUGCAGGGUGUUGGUAACUUGCAACCAGCAGCAAUUAGUACAGCCACGGAGGUUAAGAGUGUGGCAGUCGCACCAGAGCCUAAACCAGCAGGUUUAAGGAUUGAAAUAAAAGCCAAGAAUAAAGUAAGGCCUGGCUCUCUGUUUGAUGAGGUCAGGAAAACAGCCCGGCUCAAUCGGCGGCCCAGGAACCAGGAAAGUUCCAGUGAGGAGGAAUCUCCAAGCAGAGAUGACAACAGUCCAUCCAGGAGCCUCAGCAGAUCACGGAGUAAAUCUGGGUCUAAAUCCAGACACAGAACAAGGUCCAUAUCCUACAGUCACUCCAGAAGUCGAUCUCGAAGUUCUACAUAUUCAUACAGGUCCAGAAGCUACUCGAGAAGCAGAAGCAGAGGGUGGUACAGCAGAGAUCGCUCAAGGAGUCGAAGCAGUUCUUACCACAGUUACAAGAGCCGUAGUCGAAGCUACAGCCGAAGCCGAUCCAGAAGUAGUUCUUACGGUCAUCACAGUCGAUCCAGUAGGUCCUACACAUACGACAGUUACUACAGCAGGAGUCGGAGCAGGAGUAAAAGGAGCGACAGCUACCGACGGUCUCGGAGCUACGAUCGGAGAUCCAGGUCCUACGGCUCCGACAGCGAAAGCGAUCGCAGCUACUCCAACAACAGGAGCCCCAGUGAGAGCAGCAGAUACAGCUGAAAACACUUCUGGGAGGAUGAAAACUGUGUUUCCUCAUUUUUUUCAGUGUUAUAUUAAAAAAAAAAAAAAAAACAAACAACAGAACCAAACUGUUUUGACGGUGUCACAAGUGAAGGUUGUUCUGCUGAAUUCGCUGAAACUUUCCCCUUUACCAGUGAACUCGCUCGACUCUGUGCUCACAGAGAGAAGGACUGAGCUCCACAGCUGAGUUGAUUUUUUUUUAAUUUUUUUAUGUGAAAUGCAACUUUUACAGGAUAAUUAAAAAAAAAACACAACAAAACCCAGCAGUUUUGUUUCCUCGAAUUAGCUUUUCCAAGCCAUGGAUGACUCUUAGAUGAAUUGCUGCCACCGCUUUUCCGGGUGCAACAGAGUCUGUUUAUAAAUAAACACCUUGAGGGCUUUGUGCCUGUUCCUGGGAAAUGUGUGUGAGCAACUAUUAAACUGUGAAGUCCAUUUCUUACCAAGGCUGCCGUUUCUAGUUCCUGAAAAUGCUUUUUUUAAUGCUGGAAUCUGCAUUCUGUGCUGUCUUGAGUGUCGAUUGUUGCGUUCUGUACAGGAUAGAGGCGAUGAAAACAAAGCUGCCACUUCUGUCUUAAUCCUUCCUGAACUGUGAGGUUGAGGAAUUCUGCUGGAAAAGGUGAGAUGAUGCGCAGUGGGAAUUGUCAAACUGACAAGCAGUGAGCAAAAGUGUGAUGUGAAUGAGUUUUGAGCUUAAUGUCCAACUUGUCUAAACUUUUUAUGUUUCAAAAAUGACUUUUGUGAUAAACAGCAAUGUCCUUCGGAGACUAAAAAAGUGUUUCCAAACACUUCUUGACUUUCAUUUCAGUUCCUAUUACAGUGCUUGGCAUCCUCCAGCACAUUUUGGGUGUUGUUAAAGCAUUGAGUGUCUCAUGAGUUUGUCCAAAACACUUUUUGAUAAUUUUUUGAGACAACCAACUAUAGAGGUUCCUUUAUGAAAUGCCUGUAGGUGUAUCCCAUCCUAUGUUCCAUGUAGGGAAUAUCAGAUAUUGAUACUGCAGAUACUGAACUCUAGAUUGUUGAAAUGAUGGGACUACAAAAAUACUGGGUUGCCUGAUAAAAAGCAUGGACUUUACUUUGGAAGUUUAUUACCAAAAAUGACUCCAUGUUCCAGGUAUUUGCAAAAAAAUAAAUAGAUUUAAGCUGAAGACCACUGAGUAAGUUUUGCAAUAUUCUGACUGAGUUGCUGUAAAAUAAUUUGUGAAGUUUUUCAGGGGUUUAGAAAGUUGUGUACUGAGAACCAGAUUUUUAAUGGCACAAUGUGACCUGCAAAUUGGGGUCUGUAGUGACACAACAGACUUAACAUUGUUUGAUUAGAGCUAACGAGCUCUGUUGUAUCAUAAUAGUUUUCAUUACUGACUUUCUGUAAUAUCUGGAGAUGCUUUCAUUUCUCUCAAAUGUUUUCAAAUACUGGAAAUGAUUUUUUUUUUUUUUGGUGUGUGUGAUCUCAUCAGGCCCCAACAGCUUUGAAAAUUAAAAGUGGUUAUUUCUCGCUUAGGCAUCAAUUCAUUCUCUCUUUGAUUGAAUUAAACUACCCCAAAUUAGAUAAUUUUUUCAUACACUUGUGAAACAUGAAAAGCAAGUUCAAAGGGAAGUUUGCAGGCUGUGAUGAUUCCCUCCAUUUCUGUCCAUCAGCAGCUGAAUAAGAUGUUUGUGUGCACGUUCCUGAAGCUGAAUUUGCCACAGAGGUUUUUUCACUUUUCUAUGAGAACCCAAAAUUCUGAACUUUCCCCCUUCCUACACUUGUAGUUUAGUGACAAAGUGUGUGCAUGUAACCCUUUCCAGUCAGCCUUUUGUAAGCUUCUUAUGCCUUUUAACAUUAAAUACAUUUCUUACUCGAGGCAGGAUGCAUUUAGAGACAGGUUUCUAACAGCAGGAGCCAUCUGAGAGUCCUGAACAAAUAAUGUCAGUAACAUUUGUUGCACUUUCAUCAUUUUCAGUACAAAUGUAACUUGUUUGUCCCUUACUAAGAAAAUAGAACUAGAGGGCUCAUGUGUAACAAAAUAUACAAAUAUAACUGUUACCAUUCGAUACUUAUUAGUGGAAAAAAUAGCUCCACAAUCAGACUUCUGUCAUAUAUCAGAGCUGAUUUGAGUUUUUAAGGUCAGGAAAAGGUAAUAGAAAUGUGGUCAAUCAAUUAACUGUAGUUAUCAAAAAUUACUGCAAUGCCACUAAAGUCUUUCAUAUCUUGAAUUAAAGCUUUAUAAAGAAAUUCCAUCAGGUUGGGGAGGGGGGUGAGGGAAGGGUUGGGGGCACUUAGUGAAUUCUGUUCAAUUGUGCUUCAGGUAGAAAACAUCCCCCUGAGCUGGUUUUCUAACUUUGGUCUAUGUUUUUUGCAAUUUUGUUAUUCCAAAGUAGUCGCUGUUUGUAAAAUAAACUUUUGUACAUAUCUGCAAA